AUGGAUCCCUUCUCUUUUGUGACCUCAGAGUCGCUAGACUAUCCAUUAAGUGUUCGCAUAAUUAAUCUCGAAGGCGAAGAACCACCCCAGAAGCCAUCCGAACUUCUCCGAAGACCGGAUCUGAGAUAUAUCGGCUCUAACACGAGCGCACAUUCCGACCUGUACGUUACGGCGCAAGUCUGGGCUGGCUCCAAGCCUUUGACUGUUCCAGUGCAGACAUCUUACAAGUCAUUCAAGAACGAGAGGAGUUGGAAUGAGUGGCUCGAUGUCCCCAUACCGUAUAGAUCGUUGCCACUCAACUCGCGACUAGCCCUUACGAUAUGGGAUGUAUCACCUACCGGAGGAAAGCAGGCCCAGGGUCACGCUGUUCCCUUUGGAGGGACGACGUUGCCUCUCUUUGACAAAGACAGCCAGGUUCAAAAAGGUAGAUUGAAAUGUCUUGUUUAUAGACAUCAGCUUGCCGAUGGUCAUGACGACACCAUCACGCCCUGGACAACAAUCACAAACAAAAAGCCCUCGGCCAGGAAACAUGGUAGCAUUGUGGAUAAAGAAGCCGAGGAGUUAGAGCGCAUGGACAAGCUCUUCAAAAAGUACGAAAUGAACGAGAUUCCAAGAGUCGAAUGGCUCGAUCACAUGGUCUGGCGCCAAUCGGAGAAGCGCGGUGCCGCUGCCACCAAAAACACCAUUAGAGCCCUGCAAAGGCAGGCUGGCAUCAAGCAAGAAAACGGCACGAAGCAGAAUGGCGGCGUGGGCGAGAGAGGCGAUGAUUCUGUGAAUCUUGGUCCUUCGACGUUCACUCUCACCAUCGAACUUCCAAGAUUCGACUUCCCUAUCGUUUUUACUGACCACGAGUAUCCCCCGCCGCCUAUCUCAUCUGUCCAGCAUCUCUCAGCGUCGCAAUCUCACUUGGAUCUCAAACCACCGCCUGAGGUAUCUUUUGGCCCGGGCAUCAACGGACCUGGCGAUGGAGGCAACCGCGUGGUUCGUAUUUAUGAUCCAGAAGUUGCCGCGAAGGACAACCCAGCAGAAGCGAAACAUAGACGCCUGGUACGAAGUCAGCACCGGCAUGGGACAUUAGAUAAAGACUUGAAGCCUAAUGCCAAGGUUCGGGACGAGUUGAACGUGAUAAUGGCGUAUUCACCCACCCACAGCUUGACACCGGAAGAGAAAGAUCUUGUUUGGAAAUUCCGUUACCAUUUGACAAAGGACAAGCGGGCCUUGACCAAAUUUAUCAAGUCCGUCAACUGGCAAGACCAGAGCGAGUCAAAACAAGCCAUUCAAGUCAUGGCAAAAUGGACAGAAAUUGAUGUCGAUGACGCUCUGGAGCUUCUGGGUCCAACUUUUGACGCACCAGCUGUUCGUGCUUAUUCAGUUGACCGUUUGAGGAAGGCCGACGACAAUGAACUGCUUUUGUAUCUGCUACAAUUGGUCCAAGCCCUCAAAUUUGAACACGUGCCGACAGAUACGAACCAGCCAGCUUUAGAGUCGUCUUCAUUAGCAUCUUUCCUCAUCUCAAGAGCCGUGGAAAACUUCACCCUGGCCACUUACUUCUAUUGGUACCUCGUCGUUGAAUACGACGACAAGAGCCCCGAACAAGGUCAAGAAGUCCGCACCAUGUACGCCAAAGUCUUGCACGAUUUCAUGGUAGAACUAGAAACAAAGCCAGGCGGUUCUGAUACCAGGAAAACACUCCUACGACAGGCUGAACUUAUCACGGUCCUCUCGAAGAUAUCUGGCGAGAUUAAGACAUCAUCGGAAACUACAUCACGAAAGAUCGACAGAGUCAAGGCCUUCCUAGCAGAUUCAAAGAACGAAUUGCUCAGCAUUGACCCACCGGUACCGUUACCACUCGAUCCAUUUGUAUUGGUCACGGGCGUUGUGCCUGAAGAGACCCGAGUUUUCAAAUCGUCAUUGUCGCCGAUCAUGGUGACUUUCAAGACAGCGUCAGGCGGUAAAUAUCCUAUGCUGUUCAAGACGGGCGAUGACUUGAGGCAGGACCAGCUCGUCAUCCAGAUCAUCACUCUCAUGGACCAACUACUGCAGAAGGAGAACUUGGACUUAAAGCUGUCCCCAUACAAGAUCUUGGCCACUAGCACGACGGCUGGCGCAUCUCAGUUUGUACCUUCACAGACUUUCGCCGCAAUAUCGUCCAAGUACGGUAGCAACCCGGCGCUGGCAUACCUUAAGCAGCAUAAUCCUGAUUCAAGGGCCUACCAAGGCGUUCGGAAAGAGACUUUGGAGACAUUUGUGAAGUCUUGUGCGGGUUAUUGUGUAAUAACCUAUAUUCUUGGCGUUGGCGACCGACAUUUGGAGAACCUUUUACUUGCACCUGAUGGUCACUUUUUCCAUGCGGAUUUCGGAUUCAUCCUCGGACGGGACCCAAAACCUUUUGCGCCUGCUUUGAAAUUAAGCAAAGAAAUGGUCGAUGCCAUGGGUGGCUUCAGCCCUCCAAGCGAGCUUUAUCUACAAUUCAAGCAGUACUGCUUCCUUGCAUUUACAGCACUUCGGAAGUCUUCGAAUCUGAUCUUGAACUUGUUCAGCCUCAUGGUUCAUGCCAAUAUCCCAGACAUCAAGAUUGAGCCGGACAAAGCCGUUUUCAAGGUAAAAGAACGAUUCCACCUGGAUCUCAAGGAGGAAGAUGCUCUUCGUCUACUCGAGUCGAUUAUGGAGGAUAGUCUGACAGGAUUCAUGCCUGUCAUGAUUGAUAGGCUUCAUGCUUUCACUCAAGCAUUAAGGACUUGA